CCACAGACUAUUUCAAAGGAUUUUAGGGUUUAAAUAGGUCAUUCACGCCUCAAACUGUAUUUGGCUUGCAAACCUCUGUUUUUCGUUCCUUAUUUUCCAAUCUCUUUGAAACUUUCUUUGCCCUAAUUUCAACCAUGCCUCGCCGUAGCUCCGGUGGAAGAUCUGCCCGUCCUGCACCUCGUGCAGCACCAGCUCGCUCACCUCAGCCAGUUCACAAUGCUCCUCCUCCAGCCCCUGCUCAGAGUGGUGGUGGUAUGCUUAGUGGCAUUGGCUCAACCAUUGCCCAAGGCAUGGCCUUUGGCACUGGAAGUGCAGUAGCACACAGGGCUGUGGAUGCAGUUAUGGGUCCUCGUACCAUUCAACAUGAAACAGUUGUCAGUGAGGCUGCUGCUGCUGCACCCGCACCCACUGCAAAUACGUUUGGAAGCGAUUCAUGCAAUGUCCAUACAAAGGCAUUCCAAGAUUGCCUAAACAGCUAUGGAAACGACAUUAGCAAGUGCCAGUUUUACAUGGAUAUGCUAGCAGAAUGCAGGAGGAACUCUGGAGCUUCAUUGAGUGCGUAAAUGUCAUAUUUGCCAGUUUAUGUGUUUGAUCAGUUCCCCGAGUCUCGUACGGUUUAAAUAUGCAUUUUAAUAAAGUUUCGUGUCCGAAGAUGCAUACAAACCCAUCUAAACUCGGUUUCAAUUGAGACCUUAUUAUUUGAUACUUGUGAUACUUACAUUUUGCUUAA